AUGCAUCACCGGAAAAUAAUACAGUGGAGGAAGAAGCUCAUUGUGGCUGGGUCUGUGGUUUUGUCAUUAUUCCUCAUUUUCAUACUUCUAUCCUCUCUCUGGUGGAAAGGUUAUUUGGGAGGAAGGAAAUCGAGGGAUCGAGAACUUGUUGGGUUAGAUCUGCUAACUGGUAUCUUCACCUUCAGUCAAAUCAAAGCCGCAACGAAUGACUUUGAUCCAGCAAACAAACUUGGAGAAGGUGGUUUUGGCUGCGUCUACAAAGGAGUACUAUCAGAUGGCAUUCAGAUUGCGGUGAAGCAGCUUUCGGCGAAAUCGAAACAGGGGAAUCGUGAGUUUGUGAACGAAAUUGGCAUAAUUUCUGCUUUGCAACACCCAAAUCUUGUUAGAUUGUAUGGAUGUUGCAUUGAGGGGAAGCAAUUGUUGCUGGUAUAUGAAUGCAUGGAAAACAAUAGCCUUGCGCAUGUUUUGUUCGGGACAAAGGAAAUCCAGGCAACGAAGCUAGACUGGCGUACAAGGCAGAGGAUAUGUGUAAGUAUAGCGAAAGGUCUGGUUUUCCUGCAUGAGGAGUCGACACUCAAAAUUGUUCAUAGAGACAUAAAAGGUACCAAUAUCCUUCUUGACAAGGACAUGAACGCCAAGAUAUCUGAUUUUGGAAUGGCCAAGCUUGAUGACGAGGACAACACCCACAUCGACACCAGAGUUGCUGGAACAAUGGAAUACAUGGCACCGGAAUAUGCAUUAUAUGGUUACUUAACUUACAAGGCAGAUGCAUACAGUUUUGGUGUUGUAGCAUUGGAAAUUGUUUCUGGGAUGAACAACGUCAAAUUUAGGAGGGAUGGAAAUUUUGUAUGCCUUCUAGAUUGGGUUCUAUAUUUACAAAAAAAUAGGGAUAUAAUGGAGAUGGUUGAUCCAAGAUUUAGCCUUGAUGACCAAGCGGUCACGAGUUCGAAUCUCACAUUCUCUAAUUAUUUGAUAAGAACUAAGCCUAAGGAACUAGUCAUGGUUCCAAGCACAUUGGGUGAUCCAUCAGGGUAUGCUACGGCCUUACAUAACAAGUUUGCUCAAUCUUCUGUCAAUGGAAGUUUAAGUGAAACUCAGUCCCUCGUGAAGUCAUCAGAGGGACCAUGGAUUGCUUCUUCCUCUUCAUCAGCCCAGGAUCUUUAUCCAAUUAGUAAAAGCUGA